AUGCCGGGAUUGACCAUCGGCGACCAGAUCCCCAACUUGGAAGUUGAAACAACCCAUGGGAAAUUCAAGCUUCACGGAUUCAUUUCCGAUUCCUACUGCAUCAUCUUCUCUCACCCGGCCGAUUUCACGCCGGUGUGCACGACGGAGCUCGCCAGCAUGGCGGCUUACGCCGACAAGUUCGCCGAGAGGGGAGUGAAGCUGCUGGGAUUCUCAUGCGACGAUGUCCAAUCCCACAAGGAAUGGAUCAAGGACAUAGAAGCCUACGCCGAUAACAAGCACAGGGUCGGGUUUCCGAUCGCGGCCGACCCGACCGGAGAACUCAUCAAGGAACUUAAUAUGGUUGACCCGGAUGAGAAAGACUCCUCCGGCCGCCCUCUUCCGUCCAGGGCUCUCCACAUUGUGGGCCCAGACAAGAAGAUCAAGCUGAGCUUUUUGUACCCUGGGAGCACCGGCCGGAACAUGGACGAAGUGGUGAGGGCUCUGGAUUCCCUGAAGAAGGCUUCCCAACACAAGAUUGCGACUCCGGCUAACUGGAAACCGGGCGAUCAGGUGGUCAUCGCUCCGAGCGUUUCCGACGAACAAGCUAAGGAGAUGUUCCCACAGGGAUUCAAGACCGCCGAGCUUCCGUCCGGGAAGAACUACCUCCGUUUCACCAACGUAUAA